AUGUUUACUAAAGUUCAUGAUAUUUUAGUGAAUGCUAUCGGCGAGAUUCUCAACAGGAAAACCUCAGUGGCUCAAAUCAUGUCGAAGACGGUUGAGGGUUUAAACCACGCUUAUGAAGUGCGCGAUUCGUGCCCAGAAGAUUUAAUUUUUGAUCUCUUCAAGAUGCCCAACAAAGAUGAAGCCAGCAUCAGCAAGCUUAUAAAGGUGCUGAAAUCAUUUGGCUUGCGAGAGUCGGAUCCCCGUUUGCGACACAUGAAUGAGAAGAUGAAAAGCUUUGAGGAAGAGGACGAUGAUGCAAGGAACUUUCUCCUCACUAGGGAUAAAUUCAAGGAAUGCAUUCAUCCAUCGGUGCAACUUAUAUCGCAAGCACUUCGAAAUCAUUUGAUAAUUCCGAGCUGGGGAGAGUUCUGCGGACAAAUCAAAUCGAUAUUCGAAGAGUGCAAAUCUGUAAAGGAAGGGAGUGUGGCAACCUACAUCCCACAGCUGGCUCGACAGAACCCGGACAUUUGGGGUUUAUCCAUCUGCACAAUAGACGGGCAAAGAGUCUCAUUCGGUGACGCUAAGGUGCCAUUUUGCGUGCAAAGCGUUUCUAAGGGCAUGAGCCAAGCGGAAGGCUGUUCAACGAGAUAUGUCUUGAUUCCAAUGGCAAGAAAGCCUCAUAACCCAUUAAUCAACGCUGGGGCUAUAAUCGUCACAUCCCUAAUUCGAAAUCACUUGACUAUGGCCGACCGAUUUGAUUUCGUGCUCAAUGAAUAUAAAAAGCUCGCUGGCGGAGAACAUGUCGGAUUCAAUAACGCAACAUUUCUUUCUGAACGAGACACCGCUGAUCGAAACUAUGCUUUAUCUUAUUAUAUGAAGGAGAACAAGUGCUUCCCUCCGGGUACACAGGGUCUUCGUGAGGAGCUGGAUCUGUACUUCCAAUUAUGUUCAUUGGAAACAACUUGCGAGACCGCU